AUGGAAUCUACGUGUAUCAAAAUAGAUCUCUUCGAAUUGGAAUAUUUGUGUUUUGCUACUCAGCAUAGGAUGGAACAUGUAUGUGAACAGAAAGGGUGUAAAGAAGGUUAUGUGUCCAUCGAUGGCAAUGAGAAGCUUAGAAGACCAAUGUGUAAAGCGCCUAAAGUGAACGUACAUCUUAAAUUUGGGAUGCCUAGAAUUGUACAGUGUUGCCCGAAUUCUCCGUUGUUUGGAGGAAGCAAUCAGGUUCCUAUUCAAUGUUCGUAUUGUAAUCAUAGUGUCAGAAAAUCAUUUUCUACAUUAUUAGAUUAUAAAGGUGUUAUAAGGAUGGGAGUUAUAAGGAUUAUGUAA